GGAGGCGAUCCGGCGAUGACACAUCACUGAAAAAUCGUCUAUAACUUUUUAGUAAUUUCAUCAUAAAUACAUCGUCAUAGUACGAAUUUAAUUAUUUUUAUUCCUACGACACAUAGUUAAGGUGAUGAAUACCUUUCAAAGUGGUGGUGGGGCUCAGCUUGACCUGAGCGGGAAGCUGAUCAUUAAAGCUCAGCUUGGAGACGACAUCAGGCGGAUACCGAUCCAUAAUGAGGACAUCACGUAUGACGAGUUGGUGCUGAUGAUGCAGCGGGUCUUCAGAGGUCAGCUGAGUAGCAAGGACGAGGUGGUCAUCAAGUACAAAGAUGAAGAUGGAGAUCUUAUAACAAUAUUUGAUAGCUCGGAUUUAUCAUUUGCUAUUCAAUGUUCACGAAUACUGAAGAUAACUUUAUUUGUAAACGGUCUGCCAAGACCCAUAGAAAGUGACCAAGCUAAACAUUUGAAAUCCGAAUUGCGCUCAAUCCGAGAUCAAGUGACGAGGUUAUUGGAUCAGCUGGACAUUGACACUCAAGUCUCAAGCACUAUAUCACUCUCUGACGACAAAGAUGACCCUGGCAGUGUCUCACAAUCGAUGAAUGCUGUCAUGCAUGCCCCGAACAUGGCUGGCGGGAAGGAGUUUGACCCACUCUCAUCACAGCGCUCGGUCGAGGACAACACACAGAACAAGGUCAUGUCAUCAUUUGGUCUCUCUAAUGAUGCCAGGUCCCAGGCCAGUCGAGGCAAUGGCAGAGGUGCGGUAAAUGCGAGCCCUCGCCCUAGCAGUCCGACUGAGUCAACAUCAAGUGUUGGGUCGUCUGCCAGUCAUCGCCUACAACAACAACAAUAUCAACAACAACAACAACAACAACAGCAGAAGCCCCAACAACAGUAUGGACAACAAGGACAAGCUGGUUACCAACAACAGACGUACGGUCAGCAACCCCAACAACAACAACCGUAUAAUCCCCAACAACAAACCCAGCAGCAGCCUGGUUACACUCAGCCGCAGAAUCCUCAGGCGUACCCACCUCAGUCACAGGCCCAGGUGGCACCACCAGCAGCCCAGGCGGCUUAUCCUCAGCAACAGCAGCAGUCGUAUCAGCAACCCGGGCAACCACCUUAUGGUGGACAACCACAAGCAUCAAAAACAGCGACACCAGAGUCGGGUUAUGGCCAGCAACAGCCUCAGCAAUAUGGCGCACAGCAACCACCCUAUGGACAGCCUACGAACGCAAGCCCACAGCCAGGACAACAGGCCCCAGGAGGAACCAACCCGUACGCGAGAGGUCAAGCCGGAUAUCAAGCGAGUCCACACAGAAUGCAAAACUAUCAACAAGGAUAUCAAUAGACUUAAUUUACUCACAAAAUGGAAAAUUGUGACUUCUGUGUAUAUUGUAUUUGUCUCUAUAAACCCAGCAGACAUUAGCUUGGGUCAAUAUCCACCGGAGCUUUGGAAAGAGCAUACACGUGGUCCUCAAAGGUGCAAGAAGAUGGACUCUUAGUUCUGCUUGAAGUCAUCUUUUAACAAUGAAGUUGAAUAGGCCUGGAAACGAGCAUUAGACUCCUUGUCUCUUGUUAAAGCAUAGACUGUUUUCAUUGCAGUACACCAUAUGUAAUGUGAUGGGUUUGAAUUUAGGGAACUAUGCCACAGCCUGAAUGUCUGUACAUGUACAUGUAUAUGCUAAACUGGACUUCUUUCAAUUGAAACAUUAUAUUGGGAUGAAAUAUACAUGGGUCCUUCCUGGCUUUCUAUUUAGAUAAAAUCAACAAUAUUGUGGCUGUCUUCUAUACAAGUUCCUUUCCUUAACAAGUACAGACAACUCUUGACGCUUUGCUUGAUGCUGGUGAUAGUUUUAGCUUCACUUUUUGUGUGAACAAAACAGGUGAACAAAAUAGAAAGUAUUUAUUGCUUUUGUCCUUUUAUGUGAUGUAGUGUAGGACCUCAAAAUGACCAAGGACUUGGCCAUCGGUUUUUGCAGUGUGUGUCAGAGUGAAGGUAUACAGUACUGGUCAAACUCUGCCAAAAUUGCAGGAAUGUUCCCAGGUCAAGUCCUUAGGGGUUAAGAUGAAGAUUAUAAUUGACAAGGCCGAUGUCAGAAUGUUCAUUGGCUUCAUUAGUGCAUGGGAAGAAGUCAUUCAAGAGUGCUUGCAUACUUUUGGAAGAAUCUACUUGAAUACCAAUCACUGAAAUGCUCUCAAACCAUGUAAAUGGAUGUGGACAUAAAUGAUCCUAAUAAAUGAGAUGAUAUUUA